AUGGCCGCGAAGUCGGACGGGGGGCGGCUGAAGAUGAAGAAGGGCAGCGAGGUGGCGUUCACGCCACUGCAGAAUUCGGAGCAUUCCGGUUCGGUGCAGGCGCUGGCCUCGGGCUUUUCCUCCGGCGCGGAGGGCCCCGGCAGCGCCGAGGAUGACGAGUCACCUGGCGGCGGCGGCUGCUGCAAGUCCGGCGGCGGGAGUCGAGGGGACGGCGGUGGAAACGGCGGGUGCCGCUGCUGCUGCUGCUGCGGCCGCCGCGGAGGCAGGGCGGCCGGGGACUCGCGGGGCUCAGGCGGAGGCUCGUCGUCGCUGUGCCUGCGGCUAGGCAGGGAGCAGCGCCGCUAUUCCUUAUGGGACGGACUCUGGAUUCUGGCCGCCGUGGCCGUGUACUUUGCCGACGUGGGCACGGACCUCUGGCUGGCGGUCGACUACUAUCUUCGAGGCCAGCGCUGGUGGUUUGGGCUCACACUUUUCUUCGUGCUGCUGGGUUCCCUCUCGGUGCAGGUCUUCAGCUUCCGCUGGUUUGUCCACGACUUCAGCAACGAGGAUAGCGCCUCGGUGGCUCCUGCCUCCUCCUCCUCGGCCGGACACGGCGAAAGCAAACUGCUGGUGAGCAGCGGCUCGGCCGCGGGGGAGAUGGAUGCCGGGGCCCGGCCGGCCACGCCACAAAGGCAAGCCUCCAAUGCCAGCAAGGGCAACGCAACUAACAGCAGUAACAGCAGCACCACCAAUGCGACCAGCACUACCAGUGGAGGAGGGGGAGGUGACGGCUGCAACGGCAUCCGAAGCCCCAAGACCAGAUCUGCCUCCUGCGCCUUCUGCAUCUGGCUGAUGCAGUCUCUCAUCCACAUCCUGCAGCUUGGGCAGAUUUGGAGAUAUUUCCAUACUAUAUAUUUGGGCAUUCGGAGUAGACAGAGUGGAGAGAAUGACAGGUGGCGCUUUUAUUGGAAAAUGGUCCAUGAGUAUGCAGAUGUGAGUAUGCUGCAUUUGCUUGCUACAUUUUUGGAAAGUGCCCCACAAUUGGUCCUCCAACUCUGCAUUGUUGUACAGACGCGCACCCUUCAGGCCCUUCAAGGUCUUACUGCAGCAGCAUCUCUAGUAUCCUUGGCAUGGGCACUGGCUUCAUAUCAAAAAGCUCUUCGUGACUCCCGGGAUGACAAGAAACCUAUCAGCUACAUGGCUGUAAUUAUUCAAUUCUGUUGGCAUUUUUUCACAAUCGCAGCCAGGGUGAUUACUUUUGCUCUCUUUGCCUCUGUUUUUCAACUGUACUUUGGGAUCUUCAUAGUCCUUCAUUGGUGUAUCAUGACUUUCUGGAUUGUCCAUUGUGAAACAGAAUUCUGCAUUACAAAGUGGGAAGAGAUUGUGUUUGACAUGGUUGUUGGAAUUAUUUACAUCUUUAGUUGGUUCAACGUCAAGGAGGGAAGAACACGUUGUAGGCUUUUCAUUUACUAUUUUGUGAUCCUUUUGGAAAACACCGCCUUGAGUGCUCUUUGGUAUCUGUACAAGGCUCCUAUGAUUUCUGAUGCAUUUGCCAUACCGGCACUAUGUGUGGUGUUCAGCAGCUUUUUAACUGGCAUUGUUUUUAUGCUGAUGUACUAUGCCUUCUUUCAUCCUAAUGGACCACGCUUUGGGCAGUCACCAAGCUGUGCUUGUGAGGAUACUGUAGCUACCUUCACUCUUCCUGCUGAAGUAGCAUCAAGUACUUUAAGGUCUAUUUCUAAUAAUCGGAGUGUCACAAGUGACCGGGAUCAAAAAUUUGCUGAGAGAGACGGGUGUGUACCUGUCUUUCAAGUGAGGCCAACUGCACCUUCAACCCCUUCAUCCCGACCACCAAGGAUUGAAGAAUCCGUCAUUAAAAUUGAUUUGUUCAGGAAUAGGUAUCCAGCAUGGGAAAGACAUGUAUUGGACAGGAGCCUCAGAAAGGCCAUUUUAGCUUUUGAAUGUUCUCCUGCUCCGCCACGACUACAGUAUAAAGAUGACGCCCUUAUACAGGAGCGAUUGGAAUAUGAAACAACACUAUAAAUACAAUGAAUAAAGAAAACUCAGUGCAACGGCUCUGAUGCAUCCAAAUAAAAGGGUAAUAAUAGGGCCGUGGCAAUAACUUAAUUUCAUUCUACAGCAGAUCAGGAAGCUAUAGCAGUGUCCUUAGUCUGACUACCAUCAUGAUUAUCAUUUGAUCCACUGUACCACAGUCUAUCUCAGUAAGCCUAAAAGAAGCAGCAUGCAAAAACCUCAAAGAAUCAUUAUUUUUGACUGAGAAAUAGACUUAGUCUGAUUAUUCUGAUUUUAAAGUGCAUUAUACGGAAUUUAAAAAUAAGGCAGGAAGGGUUGAAUGAGUGACAUCCAAAACACUAGUGAGUGGGGUUUUCUUUUCUUUUUUUCCUUUUUAGAUAAAUCCCUACAUAUAUUUUAAGCUGAGUAUGUUUGCAUACUUAUUUACAAAAUAAAGCAGCAGUUUAGAAAAAAUCGUCAGAAUAACUAAAUUCAUACAAGGCAAUGUUACUGUUAUAUGAAUUCU